AUGUUCUUGCGGACUUCUUCUGGCCUGCGUCGCAUGAGCUCCUGGCUCCGCGGUAAUUGCCUGAAUCGUCUCCGAUGGAUCGCCCUGCUUGUUGUUGCCCUCGGAGGCGCAAUUGUCUUCUAUCUAUUCGCCGUCCCACAACUUCUCAGACUGCGCUUCCGCGCCGGGUUGAGUUGGUAUGAUCUAGGUGCCCAAGGGCUAGGGCCGGACCGGAACUAUGUUUCAUUCGACCAGGAAUCGCCAAUUGUUGAAAUUACCCCGCCUGGUGCGCAAUGCGAUCCGAGAUAUACCUUCCUUGCGCCUCGCGGUGAUUCCGUCGCCCAUCCCGGCCCUAUGAUUCUGGAUUCUGCCGGUGAACUUGUGUGGACAAAAUGGAAUUGGGGGACGACACAGGACUUCAAAUUGCAGCGGUACAAGGGCGAGGAUUUUCUUACCUACUGGCAAGGUGACACGGAUGACAACUAUGGCCGGGGUUUGUGGUAUAUGCUGGAUUCUAGCUAUAACCAAAGAUAUGUUGUAUCGCCCGUUGGCUUGUACGACGGCGAUCUGCACGACUUUCACAUCACCGCCAACGAUACCGCACUUCUGAUGAUUUACGACCCCAUCGUGGUAGACUUGACCUCUGUUGGUGGACCCGAGGCGGGAUGGUUAUACGAUGGAGUCUUCCAGGAAGUCGAUCUUGAAACAGGAGAACUUUUGUUCCAAUGGCGUGCAUCCGACCAUUACUCUCUGAGCGAUAGUUAUGACCCAAUUGGAAACACCGGUACUGGACGCACCUCAGGAUAUGACUACUGCCACAUCAACAGCGUGGACAAGGACGACCAGGGCCGGUACCUGGUUUCGAUGCGACACCUCCAUACCAUCGCCUGCAUAGAUGGAACAACCGGCGAGGUUUCCUGGUCCCUAGGAGGAAAGAGAAAUGACUUCACGGAUGCGUCCGACGGUGCCGCCACCGAUUUCGCUUGGCAACAUGAUGCCCGCUGGCGAGGCCCUAACCGCCUCAGUCUUUUCGACAAUGCUGCCUAUACCAAUGAUCAUCCCGAUGCAGUAAGCCGCGGAAUGAUUGUCGAUCUGGACAUGAACGCGCAGCAGGCAACACUCGCACAAUCUUACAAUCACCCACAGGGCAUGAUGGCCGUUUCGCAGGGAAACCUGCAAGUACUGGAUACCGGUAAUGUCCUCGUGGGUUGGGGCCACUCGGCUGCCUACACUGAGUUCUCCCCCGAGGGCGAAGUAGUAUGCAAUGUACACUUCGGCGCCUCCGCGUUCUUCACCUUCGGCCGGGUUGUCUCCUACCGUGCCUUCAAAUUUGACUGGGUCGGUCAUCCUACAUCAACGCCUGACACAGCACUCACUCCCGAGAGUGUCUUUGUUAGUUGGAACGGCGCGACGGAGGUAGCUGCGUGGCGCGUGGAGGCUUGGGAUGGCGAAAGCGUAUCCAAUAUGACCUUCAGCGCCGUCGACCAGGUUACUCGAUCCGGGUUUGAGACAGAGAUUUAUUUAGUUCCCGAAGUGACUUCUUUCUUCCAGUUGCGUGCCAUUCAUGCGAAUGGUGAUAGUCUUGGUGUGACGGAGUUGCUUCAGAGGUUGCCUGCUUCCGCAGCGGGAGGUUCGUCGAGGACUGGUCAUUCGUGGGCCAUGUGGACUAUUGUGAUCAUUGCGCUUGGAUGCCUUGUUUGUGGUGUUUAUUUCGCUGUUUAUCGUCGUCGUCGUCGGAGAUCUCGCUCUGUUGGUCCUUAUCAGUUGGUUGCACACAAGGACGAGGAUGAGGAUGAACAUCAUCGUCUGCCAUUAUAG